AUGCGUGAACUUGUUCACAUGCAGGCGGGGCAAUGCGGUAACCAGAUCGGUUCAAAGUUCUGGGAGACAAUCUCACAAGAACACGGGAUUGACGAGAUGGGUUCCUAUCAUGGAGACUCGGAUCUCCAAUUAGAGCGCAUUAACGUGUACUACAACGAAGGCCAAGGUGGCAAAUACGUGCCGCGGGCCCUCCUGAUCGACCUUGAGCCCGGAACUAUGGAUUCGGUACGAUCAGGUCCGUUGGGCAAGCUCUUUCGACCGGAUAACUUCAUCUUCGGUCAGAGCGGAGCGGGCAACAAUUGGGCAAAGGGUCACUACACUGAAGGCGCAGAGUUGAUUGAAGAGGUGCUGGACGUCGUCCGAAAGGAGUGUGAGGCUUGCGACUGCUUGCAGGGCUUCCAGCUAUGCCAUAGUCUCGGUGGCGGCACAGGAUCUGGCAUGGGUACUCUUCUCAUCGCGAAGAUCAGAGAGGAGUAUCCAGAUCGUAUUAUGACAUCCUUCUCUGUGGUGCCUUCACCUAAGGUGUCGGACACGGUGGUUGAGCCCUACAACGCCACUCUCUCAGUCCACCAACUGGUGGAGAGCACAGACGAGACCUUCUGCAUCGAUAAUGAGGCACUCUACGACAUUUGCUUCCGAACGCUGAAGUUGCCCAACCCCAACUAUAGCGACUUAAACCACCUGGUUAGUCUGACUAUGUCAGGUGUCACCACGAGCCUCCGAUUCCCCGGCCAACUGAACUCUGAUCUACGAAAACUGGCUGUCAAUAUGGUUCCCUUUCCACGUCUGCACUUCUUCGUACCCGGCUUUGCGCCCCUCGCCAGUCGAACCUCGCAGUCCUACCAAAGCUGUACGAUUCUUGAACUGACACGACAGAUGUUCGACGCGAAAAACAUGAUGGCAGCGUGUGACCCGAGUCAUGGCCGCUACCUCACCGUUGCUGCCAUGUACCGUGGAAGGGUGUCCAUGAAGGAGGUGGAGGAUCGUAUCCUGGAAACCCAGACUCGUAAUUCCACCUACUUUGUAGAGUGGAUCCCGAACAACGUGAAGACCGCAGUAUGCGAUAUUCCACCAAUCAACUUCAAGGUAGCCGGCACGUUCAUUGGAAACACCACGGCGAUACAGGAAUUAUUUACUCGUGUCAGUGAACAAUUUUCAGCCAUGUUCCGUCGUAGGGCCUUCCUGCACUUCUUCACUAGUGAGGGCAUGGAUGAGAUGGAGUUUUCGGAAGCGGAGUCGAAUAUGAACGACUUGAUCAGUGAAUAUCAGCAGUAUCAAGAGGUCGGAAUAGAUGACGAUUAUGGUGAAGAGGGAGAGGCGGCUGAAGAGGAAGCUGCUCCAGAAGAAUCACGGGGUCAUGCUAAAAUGGCGACAGAGUGCCCCGAAUUGGACUCCAGGGAGGCUCCCGUUCGACGUUCAUCAUCGAAGACCUUCAAGGGAAUUAUCCGCAUAUUUAAACCUGAUGUGACAAAGACAUCCAAUAUGAAAAUACGGAUACCCUCGUUCCGAGAAAACCGGAAACACUAUUCCUCCACACAGCAGCAAGGGCAGCUGCUGCAGGAGCCCGAAAACCUCUUGAAAGAAAUCCCGGCACUGGACUUUCAAAAGUUGAAGGCGGAUCUCUAUGUGGAUUUGGCCUACACCAAUAAUCUGUUGCGACAGCGAGUACACCGGGACAACUUGACAAAUCUGGUGGCUCAAAUCACCGAGUGUCUGCGGCUUAUCCGCUGUCGGGUCGCCACUGCGGCUGCCUACAUCCAGACAGAUGGACUUUCCACCCUCCCCACCUCCGUGUCCGUCUCAAAUGCCGUCUCCGGGGCAGCAGCGUUCAGGUCAUUGACCACAGCUUCGAAACCUGAGAGGCAGUAUUACAGUGAAAAUCGGGUGAUUCUCGAGGCGGUAAGUCGGUUUGAGAACGCCUACGUGGCGUUUGCUGGUUGGUUGACGGAACUGGCGACGCUCAACCCGCCUCCGAUGGAGGUGCUACCCGUCGCCUUGGGCGGAGAAACACCAGCUGGACAGCCCUCUAUGAAUGCCUCCACCCCCGCUACUACCACCACCACCGCAAAGAAAAGCGGUCUUCGUGUCACUCUCCCUCUACCCCUCACCCGGCCACCCUUCCUCUCCUCCUCCUCCUCCUCCUCCGCCCACUUUCCUGACUCGCCUCGCGCUGACGGCGUUGUUACUCCUGACGACGUUGGCGAGGUUAUGGCGCGCGGCAACGCCUGCUUCUUAGCCAUUCAAACUGCCGCCGAGUCGCUAUUCCUCAGCUUGGAGGCUUCGGGAUGCACACGGCCAACAACACCACAGGCUCUGUCGUGUGUAAACGGAGCGAGAAGUCCAAUGGUAAAAGUCAAACAAACCGGAUUCUUGUCGUUUCGUUUCCCCCGUGUAACUCCUCCAUCGAACAGCAAGUCAACCAACGGGUCUGCAGCGAAUUCUACUCUCCCACCGACAAUGUCGUCAACAGACAUUGCACUGAAGGGUUCCAAGUCUCCACAUGGUGGCGGCUUGACUCUGGAGGAUCGACGUCUUCUGGCACAGUUGUGGUCACAAAUGGAACCCACGGGAGAUAGUCCCCCACCACCUCCACCUCCUAAACCUCCCCUUUCUCUAGAAUCACCUCGCUGGAGCGCUGGUGAAUCACUAGCUGAUCUGCCUCCCAGUCCCCUGAUAGACUGCCUUGAACCCGGCUACACUAAUGUCCGUGCCGACGCCAAGUUGAACGCCUAUCUGCGCUCCCUGGCAGAGGCCGUUCAGCUGACCUCCAUCACUAACGGUGGCAGCGGACAAAUGGAAGAGUCCAUCUACUCCAAUAUUGAUAGUCCUGGUGCGGCUCCACCAUCUCCAAUGCCUCUUCCCUCACCUCCUCCACCAGACCCACCUCCGAGAGGUGGAUCUAAGCCGAAUGGAUGUUUUGACUUGAAUUCUCUGAACUUGCCCCAUGCGGACGACUCGGAUGCAAGCGAAAAGGAGAAUGCGGAUCGGAAUGCAGAGGACGAGGCAAAGGAAGAGGCAGAGGUGGAAAGUAAGGAUGGACUUCAUAACGGCAGUGGAGGAGGGCUGCGUCCGGGACCGCUCAUCUGCACUUUGAGUUCGAAGGCGGUCCCACCGCCGCCCCCACCUCCAACUGUUCUGCCAACCACCGGCACUAGUCCCUCUCACAACUCUGCCACUGGUGAUCGAAGCACUGCGCAGGAAGUCGGUGCGAAGACGAAAAGCGGACCCUCUAGGAGUGGCUCUUGGGAACCGUUGGACUUGAAUUUACCCCUCCUAGGUUUAGCAGUCGCCAGCCAAUUACGGCAUUUCAGUAAAAAAAUUAUGAAAGUGAUCUGA